GUACCAUGAGGCAGGUUCUUCGAGGUACGACGACUGAGAACAUUCACCCCGAAUGCCACUGAACUUGCCUUCGAGUAAAGUAUUCCAGCGGCUUGGUUUUCUUUCUCCGAUAAUCGAAGGGCCACUUUUUCACUGAAUUGAGAACGCUGGGAGUCACGCUAUUGGUGUGCAGGUUGCCUCGUAAGUGUGGCAUUUCCAUUCUAAGCUCAAGCAGCCGAUACCUCGUGUGUGCGCGAAAUAAUAAUCUGAGUAGUCGAUGCAUUCAAUCACGUCGAAUACCAUCGAAACGCUGGGCGAGAGGAGAGCCGCCGCAGCCAAGGCUACAGUGCGCAAGUGUGCCCCCCAUUGCAACCGGCGAUUCAAGGGGUGAUGAGGGGUGUAAUGCCCUUGAAUCGCUCGGAGAAUUGGCUCAGUCCCGAGAACUUGCAGGAAACUGCGCCUGCUCCGUCGCCAUCGCUAUUAAUUACGGAAGAUCUCUAUCCGUCUCCGCCUUUCGCUCGCUCCGCAACCACUCUCCGCCUCUCCCUCGCUUCAUUACCGAGUCUUGCCUCCAGAUUUUGGUCCACGGACCAUGAAGACUUCGCUUGCCUAGUCGAAGGCUCUGUUUCUCUGCCCUUUUCUUUCCAGUCUUCUCGAAGCUCCGUACGCACCGUCCAUGGCCUCUUAGUCCUUUUCUGUAGCUCUCUCAGUUCCAUUUUAAUUUUCCUAUUGGUGCGAUCACGAAGGUUUUAACUGCAGUUGGCAUUUCUUUGAUUACGGACAAUGCGUGUGUAGCUAAUGAGUUGGAUUUUGAGUUGUGAGUGAGUGAUGCAUAGGGAUACGGGAAGUGAAAGGAGGUUGCGUCCUUAUGAGUGCAUUAUUAUUGCGGUGCAGUACAGUUCGUCUUCAGCUUUCGAGGCGUAAUGUUUACGGCCUAAUGAUUACUGAACUUCAAUUGCACUGUUAAGUGUUGGGGCUAUUAAGUUCAGCUAUGAAGGUUCUGUGGCACCGGGCAUUUCAUCCAGUCAAGAACAUUGCUUUCUCGCGCGGCAUUUUUGUCAGCCACGGAUGUUCGGUUCGGAGAAGUGCAGCAUUAUCGAUGGUGUGGAAGAGUGUACGGAUGUGAGCUGUCCGCUUCCGCUGUAUUUCUUUGUGAAAGAAGUAGUUGGAGCUAGCGAUGCUGAAGCUUUUUCAGUGAUACAGCUGCUAGGUCCUUUGAGAAGAACAUCAAUAGUGUGCUUUUUUCUUUGAACCGGAGGUCACUAUCGGUUGGAGUAUUCUGGGAUUGAAUAACUUGUUAGCUACUCCGUGUAUUGUUUUUUUUGGUGCUCUCGUAGUGUUCUAUGAAGGCACUUUUCAUGAACUUUAGCCUUCAUUCACUCGCGAUAACCGAUGUACAGACACUGUCACGCACACGUCACAGCCUCCGCUCAAAUUAGUUACAUGUUGAAUUGGUAAGGGAGUUCCAGUGAGCGAAGUAGACUGUUUUGAUUUCAAAAUGCAAUCUGAUGGUAGUAUACAAGCGGAGACAAUUCUGAAAUGGCUUCAACAGGAAAUGGGAUAUCAGAAUCCACCCUCGGUGGACUUUUUGCGCAGAAUUUGUAGAGGGAACAUGAUCUCCGUCUGGAAUUUUUUGCUGGAGAGAGUGAAGUCUGAAAAGACAAACGAAAUGAUUCGGCGCAACUUUGUCAUCCAUGGCACUAAAAUCCCAUCAACAGUCAUUCCUAUAGAUGAGAGCCUGAAGGUAAAACAUGGUGCCGCUGAGAGCAAGAAGGAAGUCUUAGAGGACCGGUCAAAGACUCAUAAAAAUGAUAGAGAGGUUUUCAGAAGAGACGGGACUUUAGUGAAGAGUACACCAGCCAGAGAGAAGAGGAGUAGGUCAUCCGCACGAACCCUGAUAAAAGAUUUGCCAGAAAAGGAGAGACAAGUUGACAGAGUGCUGCAGUCUGAAGGAGCGGAAGAUUCUCGGGAAAUGGCCAUGCGGGAUAGAGAUGUUGCAAUGGCUGAAGUGGGGAGGUUGAGGGUUGUAAUCGAUAGGUUGGUGAAGGAAACCAAGUCUCGCAUGACUGACGUUACGAUGGAAGAGGGUGAACGGCAGCGAGUGUUGGAUGAAAGAUCUAAUUCCAGACAUAAGCAGGUGUUGCUGGAAUCUUGCAUGCAACGGGCUGAGCAGACGACUCGUAUUUUUACUGAGUACUCAUGUCGACUUCAACCAUAUGUGGAGCAUGCUAGAGAGGCACAAAGAGGGAAAAAUGUAUGCUCUGAUUUAAAUCCGGACUUCACGCCUGAAUCAACGAAGGUUGGCCAGUCAGCUAAUCAGCUUCUGACUGAAAUUGCACGAGAUGAGGCCGUCCGACAAGCGUGUGAAGCUCUGGCUGAGGAUCUAAUGCAUACGAUAAAGACGACCUUUUCUGCUUAUGGUGGUGAGAGAGGCAACCUGGAUCAUACCCAGCUUGAAGUCGCUAAGCUUGGGUUUGAGGUGGAUGGGGAUAGUAUACCUGAGGAGGUGCAGGAGACUGCACUUACGUUACUGAAAAAUCCCCAUUUACUACUCCAGGCUUUAGCUGCACAUACCUCACGAAUUGUUGCAGCCAUUGCCCGAGAAACUGAGGAUAUUGAUAUUCGAGCUGAUGCAGAGCGUCUCAGGUAUAGAUUUGAAAAUAAUAGAGUUGUGGAGGACGUUUCCGGUGAAGUGGAUGAUUCACUGAUUGGGAGACGGCGCAGCAACAGAGGCACUAGCAAGAGUUCUUUCCGUCAGCUUCUAGAAAGACAGAAAGCUCAUGUUCAGCAAUUUAUGGCCACCGAAGAUGCCUUGAAUCAGGUGGCGCAAGCCAAAAGAAUGACCAAUGAACUCAUUAGGCGGGUACGUGGUACUGAUGCCGCACCCUCCGCGACCAGCUCAGAUGUACAAAAUUCUGGAAGUCUGCGUCAACUUGAGCUGGCAGUUUGGGCCAGAGAAAGGGAGCUUGCAGGAAUGAGAGCAAGUGUUAACACCAUCAACUCUGAAGUUCAGCGCUUGCAAAAGAUGUGCGAGGAGCGAAGAGAUGCUGAGGAGUCCCUACAGGAGAAAUGGAAGAAGAUUGAAGAGUUUGAUGCCAGGCGGGUGGAGCUUGAAUCGAUCUAUACAUCCUUGCUGCGUGCAAACACGGCAGCUGCCGCUUCGUGGGAGCAACAUGCCAGAGUAAAUAAAGAACGAUCCGUCAUUACGAUUUUACCCAUCUUUGAGUCAGCUCAGAACCAAGCAAGUACUGCUCGUGAUCUACUGGAGCGUGAAGUUGCAGCAUUUCAGCGAAUUCCUGACAGUCGGCCGUACAUGAUGCCAGCUACUUCUCAGGCUUUACUGGAUGCAAGAGGAGCAGCUUCAAAUGCUGGAACUCAAGCUAUUGUAGCUGCUGAAAGACAUGCAGACAUGCUCACAGCAGAGGCUGGAAUCGGAGACCCUUCUGCUGUUCCCACGACCUGCCGUAUUUCAGCUGCUCUGAAGCACAAAUCUGAAGCAGAGACUGCGGACCCUGGCUUGGCGUCGGUUUUGAACUCUAUGCGGUUCUUUUUGCGGCCUGGAGGUUCACCAGGAACCGCCCUUGAAGACCUUGCCAAAACUUUGAACAGAGUGCAAACGCUUAGAGACUUAGUAGGCAAUGGCCGCGAAUUGAUUGCAGCAGCCGAUGCAUCAACGCCAAAGUACGAGAGGACUGCUACGCAUUGUAUAGCGGAAGCAAUAAAGCAGGAGAAGGUUGCACUAGAGGAAUGGCUUCCACAGCUGAAGCUUGCAGUGCAAGACGCCCAGCAAUGCUUAGAAGAUUGCAAGCGUGUUCGAGGGCUUGUCGAAGAGUGGUGGGAGCAGCCAGCAUCUACUGCUGUUGAUUGGAUUUUAGUGGAUGGACAAAAUGUUGCUGCUUGGCUUGCUCAUGUGAAACAACUACAGACGGUCUUUUAUGAACGACUUUUGUAAUUUAUGAUCUGCCUGAUUGGAUAAGAAAAUCCUUUUGUAACAAUGUUGAAUUUUACUGA